AAGCAGCAGCCCUCCAGGACGCAGCUGCAGCCGUAUCAGCCUGUGUCAGGGCUUUCCACUGUAGUGCUGCAUUCUGAUGUCGCCCAGCGGAUACACAAACGACACGCUCAGACCUCGCGUUCAGUCGCUGUUUUUAAUGUGUACGAAGCAUCAUGACACUUGCUAAGCAGUGGCUGGCCGGAUUCGCGCUCCUGUGCUUUUAUGUUGCAGCUGAAUCGAAAAAGAAUUUCAAAUGCCCUUCAGGAUGCUCCUGCACAAAGGAGACCAUCAUCUGCGUCGGCACUUCACAGAUCCCCCACACUAUACCGAAAGAGAUCAACUCCCUAAGCAUGGUUAAUGGAUCAAUUGCGGAAAUUACAGAGGGGAUGUUUUCACUUAUGCCUUCUCUUCAGCUGCUGCUUCUUAAUGCAAAUUCUUUGACCGCAAUCAAAGAUGAUGCUUUCUCUGGUCUGCCUCAUCUAGAAUAUUUGUUCAUUGAAGGGAACAAGAUAGAAACCAUCACCAAAAAUGCCUUUCGUGGUCUACGAGGGCUGACUUAUCUCUCACUUGCAAAUAACAAGAUAAGGUUUCUGCCGAGGGGUCUCUUUUUUGACUUGGAUUCGUUGCUGGAAAUAGAUCUGCGAGGCAACUCUUUCCAGUGUGGCUGUGAGAACAAGUGGCUGAUGACAUGGCUGAAAAACACAAAUGCCACAGUAUCAGAUGUCUUCUGCGCAGGCCCCAGUGACAUGAAGAGCAAGCGCCUCAAUGACCUUCCUAUUCCACCAGGCGAAUGUAUUUCCACAGACUUUUUGCGUCAUCAGUCCAUCCCCAUUCAGUCCAUGUCAGCGGACAUCUUCUCCUUCAAAGACGACAUCUUUGUAGCGAUGGCCGCCCCAAACUCCAACAGCUGCGUAGUCAUGGAGUGGGAUCACAUUGAACUGAACUUCAGAAAAUUUGAUAAUAUAACAGGGAAGUCUGUUGUUGGAUGCAAGUCGGUCCUAAUUGAAAACCAUGUCCUAAUAAUAGUCACCCAGCUCUUUGGGGGUUCCCACAUUUACAAGUUUGAUGGUCAACAAAACAAAUUCAUCAACUUUCAAACUAUUGAGGUGUUCAACAUCUCGAAGCCAAAUGAUAUUGAAGUCUUUCAGAUGGAAGGUCACUGGUACUUUGUGAUUGUGGACAGCUCCAAGGCAGGCAUGUCUACUCUCUACAAGUGGACUGACCAACCAGAACGCAAUGAAACUGGUUUCUACUCCUACCAGUUUCUCCAUGAAUGGUUUCGUGAUACAGAUGCUGAAUAUGUUGAGGUGGACGGGAAGUCCUACCUGAUCUUAGCCAGUCGCUCUCAGUCACCAAUCAUCUACCUGUGGAACAAGAGUACCUUAAAGUUUAUACUUCAUAGUGAAAUCACAAAUGUUGAUGAUGUAGUGGCUGUCAAAGCUUUCCGGGUAGAGGGUGACUUGUAUCUGGCCAUGGCUUGCUACAUCGGUGACUCCAAAGUCCUCAAGUGGACCAACAAGCAGUUCAUUGACGUGCUGCCUCUUCCCUCUCGAGGGGCGAUGAUCCUCCAGCCGUUCACCUUCGCAGACAGGCACUAUCUUGCUCUUGGCAGCGAUUACUCUUUCACACAGAUCUACCUCUGGGAUGCAGAGACAAAAACAUUUCACAAGUUCAAGGACAUUUACGUGCAGUCACCCCGGUCAUUUACUGUGGUGACCACUGACCGAAGGAGUUUUAUUUUCUCCUCCAGCUUCAAGGGGAAAUCAAUGGUCUUUGAGCAUAUAUUUGUAGAUUUAAGCUUAUAAUAACUACAAAAGCAGUACUGA